UAAAAUUCUUCAUAAGAAAUGCUUCUGUAUGGAUAAAUCAGGUCUGGUCGAUGCCCCUUUCUUAACGCAAAAUUUUAGAAUACUGCAUGAAGGACCAAAGCUGUCAUGAAGCAACCUGUUGGCGAUAAUUGUUAGAACCGGUGGCGAGCUGAAGAGGCGGAUUGAUUUUGUCGACUGGUUGUAGUGGGCUCUCAUCGAUACAGACACUCCGUGCCGGAUCUCACCGACCGUUCACAGCAGAGACAAUGCAUCAGAGGAAGAAGACACGGCGGGUGUAAAUUAUCGCAUUCGGAGAAUAAUAUACAUAUCACCUGGCAAGAUGGAUUCAAUGAUGAACUUUUCCCUUGGAAUAACUUCAAGCACAGAGAAUAUGACGGAGACCGAGUUUGACCUAAACCUCUUGUACGAAAAAUAUAUUCCAGAAAAGUUCCUUAUACCUAAAAUAAUAAAGACCAUUCUGUACGCUUUUGGAUUUCCCGGAAAUAUUUUAGCUUGUAUUUUAUGGCUUCAAAAACCCAUGCUGCACUCCUCGGGAUGCUACCUUGCGGCCCUAGCCGCUUCAGAUGUGUUGUUUCUGAUAAUGUCCCUCAUGUAUGAUCUUACACUUUAUUGGAAAGUGAAAGUCCUCGAAUUUCCUACUAUCUGCCAACUGUUCCCGUGUAUGUAUCUUUCUGUACAAUAUUUAUCUCCCUUGCUUACGUUAGCGUUCACCGUUGAGCGCUUUAUAUCAAUUCGAUUUCCGUUCAAGAGGAGGAUAUACUGCAACAUAAAGAGGGCCGUCUGUGUCAUUCUCACGCUUGUCGCCAUUUCUCUUGGAGUCGCCGGAAUUCAGAUUUAUUUUUGGCAUUACGACUAUAACCUAGAAAAAUGUGUCAACAGGCUGGAGUUCGUGUAUCUGUCUGAGAAAUGGACCUGGGUGACGGAGUUUGUCAUGUUCAUGUUUGUCCCUGUCCUGAUCCUGCUGUUCAAUAUUCUACUGGUCGUCACCAUGAGAAACUCCUCCCGAAGAGCACAGGAACUCUACGGACCAAUGCCACCAAAGCAAAAAACCGUCACAACCAAAAUGCUGUUGGUAGUUUCAUUUGUCCUUAUAUUUACGACAAUACCAGUGAGUAUCGUCUACUCUUUGAACGAUAGAUUCCCACUUGGUGAUUUAAGUGCUAUCGAUAAUAUAUCUAAUGACGUCACAUGGCAACGUCAUUUGAAUUUCAUGUUGACCCAGGAAAUUAUCUACGAUAUUGGUAUGAGCCACUACGCCUGCAACUUUUAUUUGUAUCUGCUCAUUGGCAAAAAAUUCAGGUUGGCCAUAAAGAAAUAUUUUCAAAAACUUUCAGUUAUGAAACUGGUGGAUUUCAAAGACAGGAAUUCGAGAUCUUUGCGAUCUUCUUUUACCGAGUUAAGAUCUAUGUCGUAACGUUUGAUCUCGAGAAAUCGCAAACAUCAGUGAGAGGAAAUGAAAUUAGAAACAUUAACGUGAACAAUGUAAAUAAUUAACUUGAUUAACUUGUUAUAUACAUUGAUUUUCAAUAUUUACAUCUUUUUAAAUGGACACUUUAGCUCAUAUUUCUAGCUUUUCCUCAUAAAUCCAUAGAGAAAAGAGAAAAUUGCGCAAUUUGCCAACGAUUCAUAGAGACAGGAUAUAAAAGCGUAGAACUUGUCUAUAAAACUGCCAUGCCAUUCGAGUCGGUGUGUCUAUGAGAUAGAAGGGGGAAAUGGUUGUAAAUGAAUUAUCCUUAUGUGUCACCUAUCUAUAUUGGCAUUGCUGAAUAGUCGGCAGAUAUUAGUUUUAAAAAAAACUGUAGGCGAACAAGUAAAUAGUGUUUCACCUUGAGAAGGCAUUUAGUUGAAUGAUCUACGAUUUGCUAUCUUUGCAAAAAUAUUAGAGUUUAGAAUGAAUUGUAUAUAAAUGUAUGUAAUUUAUGGCCAUAAAAAUUUUGACAAGGGUAAAAAGUGGUCAUACAAGAAUAUGUAAAUAGCAAUUCAGAAAUAAAUCAUUGGUACAUGUAUGUAUUCCACUAAUUCAACAUUAUAUUUUGUGUUUAUAUAUAUAUGUGUGUAUGUGUGUUUGGAGAGAGAGAGGGAGAGAGAGAGAGAGAGAGAGAGAGAGAGAGAGAGAGUUUUAAAAACAACUUAAUUGUCACCUCAAACGUCAAAAUAAAUACCCAUCUGAAAAUAUCA